AUGGAGAGAGAAAGUGAGAUAGAGAGCAAAGCUUUACUUGGCCCUGUGGGGAAGAAGGCAAAGCGCUCAGGAACGAAGACGAAGGAAUCGAUCAUGGCAGAGAAUAAGAAAGCAGCAGUUUCUUUUGCAUCUUCAGUACGGGGGAAGAAGAAGGACGAGGUAUUGUGUGAGAAGAUAAUGGGAGCUCUUGAAGAAGCUGGUCCUCAAAGAGUUUUACUUGUUGGUGAAGCUGGAAUCGGGAAGACGACAAUGGCUAAGAAGGUAGCUGAGUAUGUUACUAAGAAAGAAGGAGGCUUGUGUUACCAGACUCUCACGUUGCAUCUCAACAAGAAGUUUAAAGUCAACGAGGAGUAUGAUGCUGACACUUUGUUUGAAGAUGAAUGGACGCUUUAUGAGAACAUAGCUUCCCAGUUAUGUUUGUAUUCAGAUUUUGAGGAGAGUGAAGUGGAUGAUAGAGAUGAAGAUGAGGAGGAUGAAAAGAAGGUGGGUGAUGUGGUUAGAGACAUGAAGGUGAAGAUAAAGGAGUAUCUCAUGAAAAAGAAGAGAUCUUUUGAGAAUAAAGCCAAUAAGUUGGCUCCUAAGGCUGAGAAAAAGGCCAAGAAUGUGUCAGUGAAGAAGGUGGAGGAGCCUGAGAAGAAGAAUCUACCGGCUGAAGCAGAUAAGAAGUCAGUGGAAGGAGAGAAGAAAGAGACAACAUCUGCACCAGAGCCUUAUCUUCUGUUGAUUCUUGACGAUGAAGGGAUGAUGAGCAGUGAGCAUGAGGUGAUGGUGCAUUUGGGCCUUGAGGAUUUUCUUGAAGACCACAAACCUAGGAAAGUCCUUAUCACAAGACGAGAAGCGAAUGAGAAGGCUACACAAUCUGGUGGGGAGGUUGAGGAGGGAGAUAAGUUGCACUCCAAGGAUGAGCAAGGAGACGCACAGAGUGCAAGAGGAAAUGAGGACGGUAUUGAGGAGAUAACUGAGUCCGAUGCUGUGGUCAAGGCACAGGAUACAAAUCUUGAUGGGAAGUUUGUACCCUCUUCCACAGAUGAGUUAUGGGGAGGUACGGAUAGCUACUGGAAAACUGAGUUCCGUACCACUACUGAGUCAGAGGCUUUACUUGAACUCUUCAGUGAGCAGCAAGACUUGGAGAAUUUGUACGGGUCCCUUUUCCAGGACUCGCCAACUUAUUUCGUUGCCCCAUAUCAGGGGACUAGUACAACCUGGUUAUCUCAUAUGGUGAAAAUGAGCAAGAAUUUGCCAGCUGCAAUCGUUGUGCUAGCUAAAUCACUAGAACGCACUAUUCAGAAUACUACCAGUCAGCUUUCUCCAGAACAAGCAGAGAAGUUAUUAAAAGAAAUGAUAGAAAUGGUUCUCUCGGCUGAGCGGGAGAAUCCAUCAGGACAAGAAUCUAGUUCUGAGAGUGCUACGAAACCAUGCAGAGAUAAUCCAAUCCUGCGUCUUGCAUACGAGCUGUUGAAAACCUGUCCAUGGAAAGAUGCCAUCGUGGAUUGUUUCGGGCAUAGCUUGGAUUUCUUUGAGCAUUGUGGCAGUGUUUACUACCGUGACCUGAUCACACAAUGGAUACUUGAAGGCUACUUUGAUCCUGUUAAGUCUGUGGAAAAGGCGUAUCAGGAUGGUCAUUCAAUCUUGAUGGAGCUUAUAGACCGUGGGUUGCUGAAGAUACAAGAAAACAAUGUGGUCGUUCCGGAGAUGGCGAUGAGAAAUGUACUUGAUACUCGACGUCGUGGACACUUAGGGAGAUCUCGGCUUGGGUUUUCUAGAGUCUAUGGCGGCAACAAGAGGAAAGGUAUAGGGAAAAUCACUCAGAUAGAUGAUAUGAUUAAAACAGUGCAAGCAAAGAAAGCAGACAAGAUUUCCACAGUUCUUGUUAGUGGUGACCGUCUCCGUCGUGUAACUCCUGAAAAGUUCUUCCACAAGCUGAAAGAUCUUGAAGUACUUGGUCUCUUCGAACCCACAUUGGAACCCUUUGUCCCAGCUUUUACAAUUCUUGACAAACUCCGGGUUCUUGUAAUCAGGGAUUGUGAUCUACUUGAAGAUAUUGAGGAGCUUAAGAAUCUUCGAGGACUACAUGCUCUUGAAGUUUCUGGCGCUAGCUCUCUGAAGAGUAUCUCUGACGCAUUCUUCAGGGCAUUGUCUAAGCUUCAAAGUCUUCACCUAUCCAGACUUCAGAUCACAUCUUCCCCUUCCAGCAUCUCUGAACUGACGGAACUUCAUUGUCUCAUCAUCAAAGACUGUCCUCUAUUGGAAGACUUGCCAGACAUACAAGAACUCGUGAACCUUGAGGUUGUUGAUAUCUCUGGUGCUCGUGGACUUCAAACAUGUUUCGACAACACAAAAGGCCAAAAGAAAAACAAAAGCAAAAACAAGAACUUCUAUAAUCUUACUCAACUUCAGCUCCUUGACUUCUCAGAGAGCCAGAUAGAGAGACUACCAAUAUUCCAGGACUCUGCCAAAGGCGACAAGCUUCACUCCUUGACUCGGCUCCUAUUGCGCAACUGUAGCAAGUUGAGAAGGUUACCAAGUCUAAAGCCCUUGUCAGGUCUGCAGAUUCUUGAUCUUUCUAGCACCACUAGCUUAGUGGAAAUGCUUGAAGUGUGCUUCGAGGAUAAGAAAGAACUCAAAAGUCUUAAUCUCUCGGGCACUAAUCUUAGCGAGCUGGCUACCACCAUCGAGGAGCUCUCCAAUCUCACCGAACUCCUACUAAGGGACUGCACCAACCUGGACGCUAUCCCAGAUAUCUCAAAACUCACAAAUCUCGAAGUCAUUGAUGUAUCCGGAAGUAGCAAGUUGCAAAAGAUUGAUGGAUCAUUUAAGGAGAUGUCCUACCUACGUGAAGUAAAUCUCUAUGGAACCAAAGUUGAGAAACUAGAGUUGCCAAAUGAGAGCAGAAUCCGUUGUACAAAGCUUUUUAUUCGGGCAGAUGGAAAACGUUUCGAAGGUGAGGAAUGGAGCCAAAUAAAGAAAGACAUUGAGAGUGACACACCUGAGAAGGCCAGCUCCUCUGAUGCAGAUGUUAAAUCCCAAGAAAAUACCGCAAAGGAGUCUGGAGAAAUAAGAGAGAUUUCUUCAAGUGAACCUCGUGCUGAUGAGAAAGAUGUCAGCAAGGAGCGUCUUCUCCCAGUGGCCAUAGACAGGGCUCUAUAUAAGACGACAUUACCAUUUUCUGAUUCCUCAAGUCAGCGGGAAGUCAUGGAGAUCAAUGAAACUAAUAAGCUAGAUGAGGAAGCCCUAGCUAGUGUUGAGUUUGUGUCUUUUGUGGACUGUAGCCCCACAAGGCUCACAUCUGUCUUUAACAAGAUCAACUCAGUGAAAGGUUGCUGGGUAAGGAUGUGUAUGGAUAUAAAAGACCUUUUCUCUGGUGUGGAUGAGGAACGUUUGGGAUCGCUGGAGACUCUGUCGCUUACAAAUCUUCCAUUGUUGGAGACUAUAAGUUGCGGUGGUAGCUUCAAGAAUCUGAAGAACCUAAGCAUAGAUUUCUGCCCGAAUAUCAUAACGCUUUUCCCGGAGCCAGCUCAGGUGCCUAGCAACCUAAAAGUCCUCCAUAUAAAGUUUUGUGAGAAGCUGGAGAAAGUGUUCAAAGAAGGCGAAGUGUCAACUCUCACGACCCUGUGCCUUCAUGAGUUGCCUAUGUUAUCAGCUGUUGGAGCCAAACUACUCAAUCUCGAGACAUUCAAAAAGAGGAAUUGCCCAAAUCUUCCUGCUGAAAAGAAAGAUCUCCAAUUCUCUGUGAGUGCAACUUUCUACUCUGUCACUAUGCAAUGA